CACACCUGCCCUGAGCGCUGCCCACCUGCCCCUCGUCCCCUGUCCACCUCUCCUCGCCCCUGCCCACCUGCCCUGAGCGCUGCCCACUGCUCCUCGCCCCUGCCUGCCGCCCCGGCGGCCCCUCCCCGCGCCAUGGGCAACAGCUCCGGCCGCACCGACUUCGAGUGGGUCUACACCGACCAACCGCACACGCAGCGACGCAAGGAGAUGCUCGCCAAGUACCCGGAGCUGAAGACGCUGAUGCGGCCGGACCCGAGGCUCAAGUGGACGGUGCUGGCGCUGGUGGGGCUGCAGCUGGCCGUGAGCUGGCUGGCGCGGGGGCUGGCGUGGCGCUGGCUGCUGCUGCUGGCCUACGUGUUCGGGGGCUGCGUGAACCACGCGCUCACGCUGGCCAUCCACGACCUGUCCCACAACGCCGCCUUCGGCACGGGCCGCGCCGGCCUCAACCGCUGGCUGGCCGUGGUGGCCAACCUGCCCAUAGCGCUGCCCUACGCCGCGUCCUUCAAGAAGUACCACGUGGACCACCACCGCUACCUGGGCGGCCACGGGCUGGACGUGGACGUGCCCACGUCCCUGGAGGGCCGGCUCUUCUGCACGCCGGCGCGCAAGCUGCUGUGGCUGGCGCUGCAGCCGCUGGUGUACACGCUGCGGCCCCUGUGCGUGAACCCCAAGGCCCUGACCCGCAUGGAGCUGCUCAACGCGCUGGUGCAGCUGGCGGCCGACGUGGCCCUCUUCGCGCUGGGCGGCUUCAAGCCCGUGGUCUACCUGCUGGCCAGCUCGCUGCUGGGCCUGGGCCUGCACCCCGUGUCCGGGCACUUUGUGGCCGAGCACUACAUGUUCGUGCGCGGCCACGAGACCUACUCCUACUACGGGCCCCUCAACCGCAUCGCUUUCAACGUGGGCUACCACGUGGAACAUCACGACUUCCCCAGCAUUCCCGGCUGCUACCUGCCCCAGGUGCGGAAGAUCGCCCCCGAGUACUACGACCACCUGCCACAGCACCACUCCUGGAUGAAGGUUCUCUGGGACUUCGUGUUUGAGGACUCCCUGGGGCCCUUCGCCAGGGUGAAGCGUGUGUGCAAGGUGGCUGAGGACCGCCUGUGAGCCUCCUGCCCCGGCCCACGUGGCCGAGGACAGCUGCCCCUCCUGGGGUGGGGCCGAAGCAUCGUCCAGACCUGCAGCUAUAGGUGUUGGCCGCCGCCCUGCCCCAGAACUGGUUUGCCCGCAUUCACUUCUUUCUGUGGCGAGACUGCUGCUCUUGUCCCCAGCACCCUGGGAACGUGACCUCACUGUGGUCUUGGGGACUUGGGUGACGAGGCUGGGUCCUGCCUUCCUGGUCUGUGUCCUGUACUGAGCCCAGCAGCUACCACCCUGCCCCCUGGCCUGACUGGGCAGCAGAGGCUCUCGGGGAAUGUGUUGGCUCCCGUGCCCCCACCUCCAUCCCAGUGAGCCCUGUACACGUCUCUCUGGGCCCAUGAUCCCAUCCCCCCAACUCCAGCUUGUCCCCUAGUCCUCCCACGGUUUCAGACUGACAGUGUGGGCUGUCUCCUCACUGGCUCAGGGUGUGUGUGUGUGUGUGUGUGUGUGUGUGUGGACAACUUGUUUUUACACCCAGUGGGGUGGGGGUCCACUGCCCCAGGGGGCACAUCCCUCACAGAGCCCUGGGAAGGAAGGGAGGCUGGCAAUGCGCCGGGCAGGUGUGGGGCACUGAGCAGCCCUGAGCAGGACCCCUGACCCUGCUGACUGGGGAGAACUCACGCAGGACCCCUGUCAGUUGGGGGUGUCCUGAGCUGUCCCCAGGGGAAAGACAUAGGGGAGGGGGUGGGGGGGAGGUCAGCUCCCUGCCCCCUGCCACCCUGGCCUGAUGGCAGGAGUCCUUUUGUGAUCUGGGUGCUGCUCAGGGAGGCAGUGGGGGGCUCCUCUGCCUCCCCAUCCCAGGGCACCUCUAGCCCGAGGGUGAGCAGCAGGCAGUGAGAACAGAGCCGGUGUGGACAGGAACCGUUUAUUACCACGUGGACACACAGUGUGGGGUGGACACCUUCACACUGGACGGUCACCCGCCCGCCACCCAGGGAAGAACUCGGGGGCCACGGAAUGAAGCGGUGACGGGGUAUCUUCUCUAGAAACCAAAGGGAGUGUACACUUAAAUAAGCAGAUAUAAAAUACAAAGGCAAGUACACCUG